GGCCGCUCAGUCAAGUUUCAGACGUGGUCGGGUCCAGUUCGUGGCAGUUGAUUAUUGCGUUUGCUCUCCUCCGUCUCUGUGUAUGUGCAGCUAGUUGCCGCAUGCAGCAAACGUUCGUCUCAAGCGGCAAAUGUGAAAAAUGCAAAUUUGACAAUACCUGAAGAACGGUCGUCGCCAGUUGUCAGUGGAGUUACGAUUGCGAGUGGCACACAGCCUACCUGACCCGUCAUCAACGUCAUCGUCUUUGUCCGCGUCAUCAUCCCUAAAAACUAUUGGAAUCCUGGCGGGGGGCAAGACAAACAUCAACAGCGUCGGAUUCGCAUCCGUUUCCGGUUCUUUCAGUUGACUACUAGUUUACUUGCACUUCGAGUCGGUUGGUCGGUAGUUUUUCAUGAAUGAAAUUUUAAUUUCGACUGUGUCCGCGUGUGUGCGUGUGUGUGUGUGAGCCUUCUGUCCAGCUCCAGCGGUGUCAACUGACGUUCCAUUCCUUCCAUUUAUUGCCGCUGCCGCUGCCGCUGCCGCCGUUGUCGCUCCCUGGGCGUCAGUGCACCGUAAAGAUCUUUAUCGCAUUCUAAAUACGUUCUGGAGCAGAAGGCAGAAGACAGUCGCGUUGUGUGUGUGUGUGUGUGUGUACCAGGGUGCCCAGUGCCAGUGCCAGGUAGAGGCCAGGUUAAUGCGGUUUAUUGUUCUAUGAACGUUGCCAGCGCUCGCCUGCCUGCUCUCUGUUUAAGUUUCGCACGCUGAUAAAGACCCGCGCCACACCAUCUCCGGACUUUGCCAGCAACCAGAAAGCAGCAAGAUGUGGCCCAAGCUAAGCCUAUUUGUGAUGAUAUGUCUGGUCUCUGUGCUGACAGAGGCCAAUGAACUCAAGGAUCUGCUUGAGGAUAUCACCACCGCAGCGGCUUCGACCACCAGCACCAGCACCAGCGUCCCCGCGCCAUCUACGAGCACCGCAACCACACCCACUGCCUAUGUGGUGUCGGCGGCUGCCGUGCCCGUAACCACCACCACCAUUACCGGGAAAUCCAAGUCCGCCGUGAAGUACUUCAACAAGAGUACGCCCAAGAAGAGGAAGGCCGAGCAGGUUUCCUCGCUGCCGCUGCCCGUGGACGAUGGCCUCAUGGAAUGGAAGUGUCCCAACAUAACGGGCUCUCGGAACGCGGAACUCGAGUGCGGCUGCGACUUGCCCCACACCCUGAGAUGCAACAUAGAUCUGCACGGACUACUGCUGCUGGCGGAUAGGCUGCGCACCUCCCCGUACUCCAUAUCGCUGCUUGACUGCUCCUUGCGCAACGUGACCUUUCUGAGCGACGCGAAGAUCUUCGACGGUGUCUCUCUGCAUGGCCUGGUCAUCUCCUCGGGGGAGAUCAAGCGAGUGCACAAGUCCGCCUUCUUGGGCAUUAAGGGCCCCCUGCAGGCCUUAGGGCUCCCCGGAAACGCUCUGCUUAGCGUGCCCUGGAACGCCUUGUCAACGCUGGGAGCCCUCGAACGCUUGGAUUUGGCCAACAACAAAAUUAAGGCCUUGGGAACGGCCGACUUUGUGGGCCUGACCAAUCUGGUCUACUUGGAGCUGAGUAACAAUCAGAUCUCGAGCAUAUCGCAGCGCACUUUCAGCAAUCUGAGGAAGUUGGAGGUGCUUAAAUUGGGCGGCAAUCGCCUGGGCGACUAUGCCCAGAGCCUGCGAUCCUUGAGCCAGUGCCUGAGCUUGCGGCAACUCGACCUUACGGCCAACAAUCUGAAUGGUCCGCUCAGCGCGCAGACACUGGCUGGGAUGCGGAACCUGGAGAGCCUGAACCUCAAUCGGAACAUGAUCAAGAGCAUUCAGAACAAGGCGUUGGCCAACUUCUCUCGUCUGGUGAGCCUCUCGCUGCGCCACAAUCAAAUUGAUGUCCUCCAGGACCACGCCUUCUACGGACUGGGCGCUCUGGAUAGCUUGGAUCUGAGCUACAAUGGCAUUGUGGCCAUCUCCAGUUCUUCGCUGCAACAUCUGAGCCGCUUGACCGUCUUGGACCUAACGCAUAACUUCCUGCGCGCCCUUACCUCGGAUCUGAUAGCUCCGCUGCCUUCGUUGAGGGAGCUGCGACUGGCCGGGAACGACAUCUCGAUUGUGGCUAGGAACGCCAUGGAUGGAGCUCGCGAGUUGCAGAGCCUCCAGAUGCAGGACAAUCCGCUCUCCUGCGAUUGCAGCAUUCGUCCCUUCGCCGAGUGGCUGCAGGUAUCCCAGCUCCAUUCCAGCCUCACUGCCUCCUGUGUGACGCCGCCGCGCCUUGAGGGGGCUCCGCUGCUUCAGGUGCCCGUGGAGACGCUCAGCUGCGACAUGGACAAUGUGGAGAAGGACAAUGCCAACAUUAUGCAGCAUCUGGAGACCUUCGCCAAGCCGAAUCAGACGUCUCCCGUCAGGGAUUUGUCAGAGGAGAUUAUUCUACACGAUCUGCACUAUUCGGCGGACUAUGGGCUGAUCCUUACCUGGCUGCUGAAUCUCAGCAAGAAGGAUUACAUGUGCGAUGCUAUCUUUGUCUACAAGGAGGAGAACAUUAAUGAGAUACUUAUCGACAACUCUCCGAUCCAUUGCGAGAGCAAGGUGGUAAAUGGCCAGAACACGGUUAGCGUUAUCGUUCCCGACAGCUCCUCCCUGGACAUAGGAGAAAGCUACCGAUUCUGUCUAGUGAUGGUCCAAGAGCUGAAUCCCAAGGCGGACCUGAACAUUGGAUGCUCCAACAUCACACAGCUGCAGCUGAGCAGUCCGGGCUCCAUUCCCGUGUCGCGCCAGUACCAGCGACGCCCCUACUACACGCCCAACGAGCUGAAGCCCGACUCCCAUGAGCAGGAUGUCAGCGAGGACUAUCAGCACAACCAGCGCCAGUUCAACACCGUUGCGGGCAGCCAGCAGCAGCAGACGCAUCCUCAACAGCAAUCUACGCUGCUGCACAGCUACACUGUCAUAGAUUCCCUCAAUAAGAGCUUCCUGCCCGGCCUGGGUCUGGGCGUCCUGGUCACUUCCGUGCUCGUCCUCAUCUGGGGCGCCACGCGUCUCAGGCAGUCGGGCGGUGUCAACGGCAGCGGCGUUGGCGCGGACAGGAGCAAUGGCAGCGUCGGCAGCAACAGCAGCAGCAUACAAAACAACAACAACAAUAGUCGACCGGGCACUCCGACGGCGACCACCUGCUACGCCGCCUCAGAUCACAUAGCUCGCCUCGCCGACGCGGAGAGCGGAACACGCUACCUCAAGCUGCAGGCCACAACGAGCCUGUGAGGAGAGGAGGCAGCAGCCCCAGCACACCCACUCAAUAAAACAUGUGAUAGUACAGCAGAAACUGUACCGACUUGCGUAGUUGCAUAGGAUAGGCCGUAGCCCUAAGGACCCACUGCACUAAUCCAAAUACUUGGCCCAACACUAACCCACUCGUGCCAUAAGCUAAUCGAUACACAAUCCAGAACCCCAGGCAACUUGACAGCUCCGGUCCGAGUAAUAGUGGUAGUGCCAAUAUGUUACAAAAAAUGCAUUACAAAAAUUAAAUUCAACACAGAAAUUAAUAUGUAAUGGUACUACAUACUAUUGUUUUUACCGCCACUGUGCAGGUAGCCCCCUAGCGCCCAUCUAGAAUUAGUGUUAGUUAAGGGUACGCCUCCUUAAAGUUAGGAACGGAACCAUAAGUCAUGACCCUCUUAGUCGUAAGGCUUUAAUAAUUUAUUAACCAAUUUCAAGGCACACAAAACCGAGCAUGCAAACCAUUGUGGAAAGAGAAAUAAAAGCCAAUUGCAAUCGAA